AUGAGUGCAAGUCGCUACGAGAUAGAGGCGUCACUACGCGCGACUAUCUUUGGCGAGAUUCAGCUGUGCCGAGACCGAGUUACACUCGAGCCCGUAGUGAUAAAGUGUGUGGACUUGUAUUUGGCACUGCGACAGACGUCGCGCUCGCAGGAGCUCGUACAGGAGAAUGUUCAGCUUGAGGUAGAGGUGAUGAACCGCGUGCGUACACUGGGUGGCCACCCGAACGUCAUCAAUAUGCACAGCUACUUUGUGGCCAACGGCGUGCUGCACAUGGUGCUGGACUACUGCGAGGGCGGUGAUCUGCUGGACGCGUGCGUGCAGUCGUCUGCCACAGCAAAAGAAGUCGAGUACAAGAGCUGCAAAAAGGACGAAAACGAAGAUGUGGAGAACCACAGUGGAUCCUUCUUGAACGAUGUGGAUGGAAACAAGCGCAUGAAGGAAAGCGUUGCGCACAAGUACCUAGUGGAUGUGCUUUCUGGGUUGCGUUUCCUGCACAGCAACGGCAUUGCCCACCGGGACGACUCGUUGUUGUCAUCGACGUCAUCAUUGCACCGUUUGACGGCCCGUGAGUUUCUCUGUGAGGAGAUGGUUGGCAAGAACUACUAUAUGGCACCUGAGGUCGUGGCUCACGAGCACUACGACCCCAAAUGCGCCGACAUUUGGUCAACUGGUAUUGCAUUCUUCAUCCUAUUGACGUCGUCUCCACCGUUUGAGCGUGCAGACCCAUCGGACCCGGGAUUCCGGUACGUGGCGAAGCGCGGCAUCAAGGCGAUGUUUACGGCGUGGGGUCUUGAUCAGGACGUGUCAGAACAGAUGCAAGACUUGUUGGGGCGGAUGUUAUGUGUAGAUCCAGAGAAGCGCAUAACGAUGGAUGAAAUUUGGCAGCAUCCAGUUCUGCAGCGGUUGAAGGAUAAAUCGUUGGUGGGGAGAAGUGAACGAUUAGACUAA